AUGGAUCAAACAAUAACACCAAAACCACAAAUUCUUAAAUAUGAAGAUGAAAACAAAAAUAAAUGGUUGAGUUUUGAAGAUAGGUUACGUCAGCUGGAAGCUGGUCUAAGCUCCCAUCAUGCAGAUGUUAUAGAAAUUAAACAAGUUGUAAAACAGCUUAAAACUUCUGAUAAACAUAAACAAUUUGAUUUUAAGGGAGAUACAUUGCCUAAUGGAGUGUCUAAUAUGCAGAAGAUUCAAGAUUUACUAGUUGAUCAGGAAAUAUCAGGUUUGACAUGUCCAUCACUAGAAAAUGAUGUUCCCCAUUCAGAUGUUCAGAUGCUGCAAAUGUAUGAACGUCUCCGAUUUGACAAUCCAGAUGGUGGUGUUUGGAAGCAAGGAUGGAACAUACAAUAUAAGCCAGAACAAUGGAAUAGGGGUCAUGUAUUAAAAGUUUUUGUGGUUCCACAUUCUCAUAAUGAUCCAGGGUGGAUAAAAACACUUGAUGAAUAUUUUACUGCACAAACAAAGAAAAUAUUAAAUAAUGUCAUCACUUAUUUACAGGAAGAACCAAGCAGACGCUUUAUAUGGGCUGAAAUUUCUUAUUUAGCAAUGUGGUGGUCAGAAUUGACAAAUGAACAGAAAAAAGUUACUAAAUGGUUGAUUCAGAGAGGGCAGCUAGAAAUAGUGAAUGGUGGCUGGGUUAUGCCUGAUGAAGCAAAUAGCCACUGGGUGAAUUUAGCUUGGCAACUAACUGAGGGACAUCAUUGGUUAAAUAAAAACUUAAACAUGACCGAUUUUCCUGUGGCAGGUUGGUCUAUUGAUCCAUUUGGAUUGAGUCCUACAACAGCUUUAAUUUACAAACAAGCUGGACUAAAAAAUUUAGUAAUCCAAAGAGUACAUUAUUCCCUCAAGAAGCAAUUAGCUAUGGACAAGAAUUUGGAAUUUAGAUGGCGACAACUCUGGGAUGCACCAGGAAAGCAAGAUAUUUUAACUCAUGCCGAACCAUUUUACUCAUAUGAUAUUCCCCACACUUGCGGACCAGACCCAAAAAUUUGCUGUCAGUUUGAUUUUAAAAGACUUCCUGGAUAUGGUAUUACAUGUCCUUGGAGAAUACAACCACAACGAAUAAGUGAAAAAAAUGUUGCUCACAGGUAUUUCCAAGUUUUUUAA